GAGCCGAGCACUCUGCACUAGACAGCAGUGGAGGGCACAGCACGGCAGGAAGGCUGGCCACCCACCACUGGGCGAGAAAGGAGCAACUCCCUCACGAAAAUGGUUUCUUCUCGAACGCUCGCCGUCGUUUGUGGUGUGGAUCUUUUGCACGGUGUAUCAGCAUGGCUGCCAAGCCCGCUCCGAGUGUCCACCAGCACUGCUACAGACCAGCGUUGGGCUGUUAGAGAUAUUGUAGCAGGGGAGCAUCGUGAUGUGCGGCAGCAAUGGUCGGCGCUUCGCAGCGUCGCUGACGGGGAGGGGGACGGGGGGGCGGGCCGGCCUGAUCUGGCAUCGAUGAAGCGUUCGUUUGAGGGUACCAUGGACAACAAGCUCAUCAUGGAGUACGUAACGGAACUUCGAUCACGCAAAGCUCUUCUGCUGUCGUCCUUGGAAGAAACGGGAGGUGUCAUCACCGACGACAUUUACCCUAUCAUGGAGGAACUUGCCCUAGUCAACCCUUCCUCGGGGUGCGGGGUGGGCAAGGACCAGGGGAAGUCGCACUACUGCGCGAUGCUUCCAGGGCACUGGAUCGCCGCCUCCACCAUCGUCCCAAACGUACCUUUCGUUUACGGAGACGGCGAGAAGUCCACCAACCGCUCACCAUCAUCCAGAGGUGCCGGCCCGACCUGCACCCUGGGGGAGCUUGUGUCAUCCAUCUCCGGAAGACCUGUCACCGGGGGCCAACUAGAGUACAACGCCGACACCCCGGUGCGGCCCCUCCGGGCGCGAAUCAGCGCCUUGACCAACACCGUCAAGGACGGCGAGAUGCCCACCGUAGUCGCGGUCGCCGGCUUUUCCCCGGCGGCGGAGGCACAGCCGGUCAAAGCCACCGGGUCUGCCGCGGGAGCUGCGGCCGGGGGCGGCGGCGAAGACCCGAAGGAUGCCCAGGCGAAGGCUCUCGCGGCCGCGAUGGUGGAGGCCGCGGCGAGGGAACCGCGGGCGGCGGCGGCUGCCGGAGGGGCCGGCGUCCGCACGGAAGGGUUCGGGAGAGUGGCCGACGUGGUCCUGACGGAGGACGGGGCGGUACGGGGAAGGGGGAAGUGGGGGGUGAGAGGGGGUUACCACCUCAGGUGGGAGUUCAACACCAUGAACUUGGACCUGGGCGGGGACAAGAUCGUGAAGGCGGGGGGGGAGGGCGGCGACGGCGGGAGAGACCUGUACGAGUUUUUCUUGGAUCAGAACAUGCUGAUCGUGGCGUGGAAGGACUCGCCCAAGAAGGAAGACGCCGUGGUCUUCGUGCGGGACGAGGUUCCCCGGUGACGCGCCUUGGGGCGGGCCAAUCCGCUGGCGACAGGCAGUGGUGUUCACAACUCUGUCUUGCUCGGAGAGUCUUGAUAAUUUUUUCCUGAUACCGUUUGCAUAGGGAUUUUGUCCCAGCUAUUUGUUGUGAUAUGAUAUGGCUUUGUUUCCGACGCUCCCUUGUCCGAAUUUAUCGUGUGGUGCUCGUGCCGACGAUGCCAAGCGUGAAGGGCGAUAGUUGGUUGCGGGAUGCUUUGUUUGUUCUUUCGCCCGCAAUCGCGUGGAAAUGGCAUGUUGACUUUGUUUUGGGGAGAGAGUUCUGAACCUUGAAGGCUUCCAAGCUUGGCUGACAUCUGUGGCGUGUAUGCAGAUAGCCUUUUCGUGGGGUCAGAGGUUAGUAUUCCUCUCCCCGCCGUGCUGGAGGUGACCCGAGUCAACUUGAUCCUGUACACCAACAUGUUGACGGUGGCCGCGGCGCUCAGUCCCACAUAUCGUUGCACUACAUACGGUUGGUGUUGUUUGGGCUUCCGGUUUCAUGUAACAGCAUACCUGGAAGAUGUGAAGUGUAGACACUGCCGCCGCUGAUCCGUCUUUCUUGACCAAGUCUUGUUUUGCGUUAUGAUGUCCCCCGCUUUGUCC